AUGCUUCCCCGCCACCUCCGCAGUGCUGUCCUUGCCCGCGCCCAUUCUCCAUUCCAGACAUUCGUCGAGGUCUUGCGCGAGGAGCUGCGUAAAAACAGGGAGCUGCAGGACAAUGUCAAGCAGCUGCAGGGAGACGUGGAUAAGCUCCAGGACUCGGAGGCCAUGAAACGCGCAAGGGCGGCGUAUGAGCGUGCAAGACUGACCUCGAGCAUAAAAGAAAACCCACGGCUCCGUGCUGCAGCUGAAGAGCUCCGAAAAACAGGUGUCAAAGUCGGGGACGCCGUCUCUGAAGCCCUCAAAACGAUGGAAGAGAGCGAGCUUAUGCGUGCAAUUUCAAAAGCAACAAACGCCGUCUCAUCUACGAUCGCUCACACCACGGAACCCAUACGGAAUACAGCAGCCUACAAAACGCUUUCAGAAACGCUCGUCGAUGCGCUCGACGAUAGCGGUUCUGCAAAGCACGCAGGGUUCGAGGAAAAAGAGGCUCGGCGGAAGCGGAGACAGGUCCGUCUCGCAAAAGCAGGCAAAGGCGGGGGUUUGGGGACUGGCGUGAAACCGGUGGAAGAAAACCCAGAAGCUGGUCAAGCUAUGGUCCUUCACAAAGAUUCGCCACGCCAAGAAGCAUGGAACAAGCUCAAGGAAACCAACCCCCUCCUCCGGCGCCUCGUCUCUCUCCGGCAGUCUUACGACGAGUCUGAGAAUCCGGUUGUCGCGUCCAUGCGUUCUGUCACCGACACCGUAGGGUCAUGGUUUGACGAGAACGAGACGGCACAGGUGACGAAGCUCAUGCGCACGCUCGAUCCUGCAUUCAACAAGGAAGGCUUUGAGCGCGAGCUAAGAGAGUACAUUGUGCCUGAGGUCGUAGAUGCGUAUCUGAGUGCGGACCAGGAAGCAUUGAAGGCGUGGUGUGGAGAAGCUACGUAUAACGUCCUGUGGGCUACGAUGGAGCAAUACCUCAAACAGGGACUUAUCAGUGACAGCAAAGUCCUCGAUAUUCGACAAGUCGAUGUAUCUGAUGGCAAGAUUCUGGAGAACAACGUCCCAGUGUUCGUUAUCACGUUCGCCACUCAAGAAGUCCUGCUCUUCCGCAACGCAAAGACGCGCGAAGUCAUUGUGGGCGCUGAGGACAAGGUUGAGCAGUGUAUGUAUGCAGCCGUCGUGACGCGGGUGGCGGAGGAGCUCGGGAACGAGCUCACUGGUGGUUGGAAGGUUGUGGAGAUGGCGCGAAGGUCUUCACGCGCAUAUCUCUAAGCACCAGACGAAAGCCCUAUCCCCUCACCAUGGACAUUUUCCUCUGGCGUCUUUCGCGUUCUCACCACAUCCCCUAUUACAUCGCAUCACCCAAACUCCUUUCGGACCAGGGCGGAUAUUCCCAUCCCUAUCCAUGUCGCAGCGUCGGACACUCCCCACUCCCACUCCACUCAUCACACAUACGCAAACCCAAUUGCACUCAUAGUAAUACUCAAAUACAUAUCAUAUUGUGCUCGUCUAUAUAGAUUUACGGCUUUCUAUCCCUUUUUUUUUGCUUUGCUUUGCGGGAGAUCUGUUUACUUUUAUGGUUUGGAUCUGUGGUGCUUCUUUGGUCGUUUGCACAUGCGCCGUACAGCAUACGUACAUGAAAGAGUAAAAGGUUAUGCUGGCAAUGACAGAACACGCUGCGUAUUUGAUCA